UUUAAGCUGAGCUGCCACGCGGGUGUAUUUAUAUAUAAUUUUAUUAUAUAAAAAGAGAACACAACUCAUCUUUCUUCUACACAAACUUCUCAUUCAACCCCAACCACCUUCUUUAAUUCUAUUUUUUCUUCUAAACCAUAAUAAAAUAUUCUUGUUUUUUUAAUCAAGAAAUAAUAUGAUCAUAGCUUCUCAAGGCGUCGUCUUAGCUACAGCCAUGCUGGUUUCCACCACUGUUCUGUUUCUUGCCUUCUCUAAAGAUAAAUCAUCAUCUUCAUCAUCUACUCUACGUUCUUGCUUAUUAAUUUCAGAGGAAAAGAAAAAAGAGAAAAAGAAAAUGAAGAAGAGAGUAAAAUUUGCGGAAAAUGUUAAGGAGACUAAAGGAAGAGGAGAAGAGUACAGAAGACAGAAGAAAGAGGAAGAGAAUUCAAGAAUUUGCAGAAAUGAAAUUCCGGCUAAUAGAAUUGCUCUUUAUAAUGGAAUUUUAAGGGAUCGUGUGCAUAGAAUGGAAUGUUCUUAUUAAUCCCUGUACAAAUUUUUUAGUUUAAGUUUACCCUUUUUAUUUUAUUUUUUUAGGGGUGUAGAUUUGUAAAAGAUUAGAGAUUUGUCCAAAUUAUGUUUUUACUGGAAAUUUGGGCAUGUUUGCUGUCAUUUUGAGAAGCUUGUUCUGUUGUUCAGUUCGGUAUUUUUUAAAACGGAAUCGGUUGUUGAAUCGGUGGCCGCUCGUUGAAAUAAUUAGUUAAAUAAAUACUCCCUAAUUACUCAGUUAUUAA